AACUUCGAAGAUGCCUGGCUCGUAGAGUUACGAGUAGCUCAGAAUCUCCCUUGGAAAUCCAUUGCCGACCACUUCCAGACGCGCUUUGGCCGGAGAUAUUCGGUCUCGGCGUUACAGAUGCGAUUUUGUCGCAUGCGCCGGCGUCAAUCUACUAAUGUAUGCGAACCUGACUUGCUUGCUCUCCUUGACGCGCAUGACUAUUGGGAGACAAAGCGAUGGCACAUCAUCAGUGAGAAAGUA